UGGGGAAAAUCGCGGGAGUGAACCGUAAGCCCUAAAGCUGAAAACUUUCUCAAUGUCGAUCCUACCGGAAUCAGCUGGCGAAGAAGAAGCAGCAGAAGAAGAACACUCCACUCAUCACCCCAUCGCCCCUCCUGACGAGUCUUUUGACAUCUCAACAACAGUCGAUCCUGGUUAUGUAAUAUCUUUGAUUCGGAAACUUCUACCAUCAGAUGGUACAGUAAGUGAUAUAUCUUCAGUGAGUGCUUCUUAUGAUGAUGCCUCUACCCAAGUAACAAUGGUUGAUGGAGAGGAUGAAUGUUCAAUAUUGCAAUAUCAUAACCAUGAUAGACUUAUGGGUGAUGAUGAAAGAGAUGGUGAUCAACAAGGUAAAGAACAUGGGUCAGUAAAGGAAGACAUAUGGGAAGAUUGUGGAUGCAUAUUAUGGGACCUAGCUGCUAGCCAGACACAUGCCGAAUUCAUGGUGCAAAACCUAGUCCUUGAGGUGCUGUUGGCUAAUCUGAUGAUACCUCAAUCUGUUCGUGUCAAGGAAAUUUGCCUUGGAAUAUUGGGAAACCUUGCUUGCCAUAAGGUGUCCAGGGAGCGCAUAGAAUGUACAAAUCAGCUUAUUAGUGUAAUCGUGGAUCAACUAAUGAUCUUAGAUGAUGCUGCAUGCCUAUGUGAAACAUGCAGGGUAGUUACUUUGGGUCUUCAAGGUUCUGAAUGUGUUUCUUGGGCUGAGGCUUUGCAGCCUGAAAACAUUCUGUCACGUGCUUUAUGGAUUGCUGAAAAUGCGUUGAACCCCCAGCUUUUAGAAAAGAUUCUUGAGCUGCUACUAGCUAUCUUAGAAAGUGAGGGGAAAAUCGUCCCUAUUUUACUUCCAAAUAUGAUAAAGUUGGGAUUACCAAGUCUUCUUCUGUCGCUUUUGACAUUUGAGAUGGAUAGACUGACAAGAGAAAGAGCACCAGACAGGUACAUUGUUCUAGAUUUGAUUCUUCAAGUAAUUGAAGCACUUUAUGCCAUGGAUGACUAUACACAAGAAGUGUUUUCUAAUAAAGAAUUCUUUCAACAACUAAUUAAUCUGAUCAAACUGCCCAACAAAUUUGAGCUUGCUAGCUCUUGUGUUACAGCUGCAGUCUUGUUUGCAAAUAUUCUAACUGAUUCAGCUCAUUUAGUUUUAGAAAUAUCCCAUGACAUGUCUUUGUUACAGGGUCUGUUUGAUAUAUUUCCCAUCUCAUCCAACGAUAGUGAAGCAAGAGCCGCUCUUUGGAGUGUUGUUGCCAGGAUUUUGGUUCACGGAAAUGAAAUGGAUUCAUCAGAACUCUAUAAAUAUGUAUCAGUUUUUGUGGAUUGUGCUGAGGUGAUUGAAGACGACCUUCUUGAUGCCCGUCUUCAUACUGGUGAAGCUAAUUCAAAAUUCAAUGCUAGACGCACCUCCAUGGAGAAAAUAGUAAGUAUUUUAAGCCAAUGGACUUCGUUAAAGAGCUUCAUGAGAGAAGACUCAAUAAACAGUAGAAGUGUUGAUAAAUUGUUGGAGUAUUGUAGCAAAUACCUCAGGUAUGUUGGUGGAUAA